AUGCCGCGAACGAGGAGACAUGAGGAGGAGGAAGAAAAUUUGAGUGAGGAAGGGGACAGAGCGAACGAGACAAUGGUGGAAGGAUCGAAACUGGACAUUAUUUUGGAAAAUCUCAAGAAACUUAGUGCAUCGGUAGCCGAACUCAAAAGCGAGACAAAACAAAGCCAAGAAGAGAUAGAAAGGCUACAGGCCAAAAUGAGUACCGCCAACAUGGUCAAUUCCGUCAACGUUCCGCCAAAUGCUAACGAUGUCUUGCUAAAUACGAUUGAGCUCCAACCAGAUGCCAGCGAAAUCCCUGUAAAUGCAAUCAAGAACACAACGUCUGCCGCCUUAACCGUGCUGCCGUGUUCACCGCCAAUGUCCUGGAGCCAUCAACCAGCAACGAGCAACAACUUCGCACCUCCAACAAUGAAACUACACGAUUUGCCUACGUUCUCGGGUCGGCCCGAUGAGUGGCCACUUUUUCUCGCCAACUACGAAGACUCAACAGCUGACUUCAAUUACAACAAUCGUCAAAAUUUGCAAAGAUUGCAGAAAUGCCUCAACGGGCCAGCCCGAGAAGCAGUAACGUCGAUGCUUAUCAACAAAGAAAAUGUUCCAGAGAUAAUUGAGGAAUUGAAGUUUCGAUUUGGUAGGCCAGAUAUUCUCGUAAGGAAUCAACUCCAGAAAAUUCAACAGUUCCCAGCCAUGAAACAAAAUAAAACCGAUCAAAUUCUCGAUUACUCGACACAAGUUCGCAAUGUCGUUGCAUUGUUGAAAGCAUCCAAGAGUGAACAUAGCCUUCAAAACUCAAUAAUUCUAGAAGAAUUAGUUGGGAAGCUGCCCGAAGAUAAACAAUACGAAUGGGUUAAACAUGCAACAACUCUGACAAAAAAUACAACAAUCGAAGACUUCUCAAAAUGGCUAUGUCAACUAGCCAGAGUUGUAUGUCUGAUGCCACCGCCGCCAAGCCCACCUGCACAAACUUCCAAUUCUAGAUUGAAACCACAAACUCAACCCCGUCGGAUGCUUUACGUGAACAACAAUGCCAGUACCACAGGGCAAGAAGGAUCAUAUCCAACAUUGACGUUCAAGUGUUACUUGUGUGGAGACAAUCAUUUCAUUUCGAAUUGCAGUGCCUACAGUUCUUUAAGUGUAGACGAUCGGUGGCAAAAGGUAAAGUCCUUGCAUUUGUGCUUUUCUUGUCUGCGUAAAGGUCAUAGUACUGCAAACUGCCGAAAGAGAAAAAUGUGUGGAAUACAAGAGUGUCGAAAAUAUCAUCACACAAGUCUACACGAUGAGUCUUCACAUUUAAGAAACCACUCCGUCUUCGCUGGCGCCGCUGCCCAGCCAUUGCUAAGUUGCCGAACUAUAAGCUCCACGAGUCUUCUGUUUAAAGUCUUGCCUGUAACGCUUUUUGGUCCAAAUGGAAAAACAGAAGUUUUCGCUAUGUUCGAUGAGGGAUCUGCUUUGACAAUCCUGGAGGAAGCAGUCGCUUCUACACUAGGACUAAAAGGAAGAUCGCAGCCAUUAAAACUACAAUGGUAUGGACAAAACACCACUACAGAACCGUCAAAAAUUAUAAGCCUAGAGAUUCGGGGUGAAGAUGAUCCAAAUAUCUACACCAUUUCAAACUGCCGCACAGUGCGCAAUGUCAACUUGCCCAUGCAGACGUUCAACAAAUCGGAGCACAAACAUUUGGAGUUUCUUCCAUUAAGAAAUUAUAAAAACGCCCGACCAUCUAUUCUCAUCGGACUGGACAACAUUCAUCUCGGUACAUCUUCUACAGUAGUCUCAGCUGGAGAUAAAAAACCUGUGGCUAUGAAGACGAAACUUGGCUGGGUCGCAUGUGGACCAACCAACAACAUUGUGACGUCAACACCAACAGUUCUAAUGAUUCGACAUCAGGACGAAUUGCACUGCCUAGUUCAAGAAUAUUUUGCCGCCGACAAUUUUGGAAUCAAUCCGUCAUCUUGUAUCCUUGAAUCUGAAGACAACCAAACAGCCCGUCGGACGAUGGAAACAACAACUUGUCGAAUUAAUAAACGUUUUCAGACCGGCCUUCUAUGGAAGAAGCCGAAACCGACCCUCCCAAACAGUUUUCAAAUGGCCAUUCAACGUUUAUCUGGAAUCGAAAACAAAAUGAAACAUAAGCCCGACUUCGCCCAAAAAUAUAAAGACGAGAUGACCAAAUAUAUCCAAAAGGGAUAUGCAAGAAAACUUCAGCCAGACGAGAUAAAUAAUUCAUCUCAGCCGGUGUGGUAUUUACCCCACUUUGCUGUUCAAAGCCCACACAAACCAGAUAAAAUCAGGAUUGUUUUCGAUGCCGCUGCCACAGUGAAUAAUUUAAGCCUUAAUUCAGCACUGUUAAAAGGACCCGAACAAGCCAAACCGCUAGUAAAUAUACUAUUUAAAUUUCGAGAAGGUAUAAUAGGGGUAGCUGCGGAUAUACGCGAAAUGUUUUCGCAAAUACAAAUACGCCCUGAGGAUCAACAAGCACAGAGAUUCUUGUGGCGAGAUGGGGAUGAGACACAGCCUAUAAAUCACUAUGUGAUGGUGUCCAUGAUCUUUGGAGCGAUUUGCUCGCCAUGUGUCGCAGAAUAUGUCAAGAAUCUGAAUGCGCAAGACUUUCAACAUGACUAUCCAGAGGCUGCUUCAGCCAUUAUCAACAAGCACUACGUUGACGAUUACGUUGCAAGCUUUAAUGAUGAAAAAGAAGCCAUAAGAAUUUGUAAAGACGUAGUCCGCAUCAACAACGAAGCUAGUUUUGAGCUCAGGAAUUUUACAUCAAACUCGAAAAAACUUCAAAACGAGAUGAACAUCAAAUCAAGAGAAAUGACAAGCACUGUUAAUAUGGAACGCCAGUCCACGUCGGAAAAAGUACUGGGGAUGUUUUGGAAUACUGCCUCGGAUACUUUUGAAUUUAAGACAAAAUUUCAUCGCAUACCAAAAGAGGUCCUAGAAGGCAGCCGCCCACCAACAAAACGUGAAUUGCUUGGUAUAGUCAUGGCUAUAUAUGAUCCAUAUGGACUGUUAGCAGAGUUCCUCCUAUAUUUAAAAAUACUGGUCAGAGACACUUGGAAAACUAACAUUGCCUGGGAUGAUGAGCUGCCUCCAGAGGCCAACAAACGAUGGCAAAAAUGGUGGACAGAAUUCCAAAACAUUCAUUCUUUCCACGUCCACCGAUGUUAUUCAUCACAUCUACCCGCAGCAAGAAUUACUGAACUUCACGUUUUUGUGGAUGCAAGUCAAGUUGCAUUCGCUGCCGCAGCAUACUUGCGUAUAAUCCAUGACGAUGGAAUAGAUGUUACCUUUGUUUGUGGUAAAACGCGCGGUGCUCCUCAAAAAAUUAUGUCCAUCCCUCGGCUGGAACUCCAAGCAGGAGUACUUGGAGUACGAUUGAGUAAAAUUGUAAUUCGGAAUCACGACAUCAAAAUUUCUAAGAUAACUUUUUGGACCGACUCGAAAACGUUACUAUAUUGGAUUGGAUCAACCAAACGAAAUUUCAAAGCGUUUGUGGCUCACCGUAUCAGUGAAAUACUAACUUCAUCGGAGGCACACCAAUGGCGAUGGACACCAACUGAAAAGAACAGCGCAGAUGUAGCCACUCGAGCAAACGGUUCGCCAAAAUUCGUUCCAAACAGUGUUUGGAUCACUGGUCCUGAAUUUUUGAAGCAGCCCGAAGAAUUAUGGCCAGCCAAAAUAGUUGAACCGCUUACAACAGUCAACGAUGUCGAAGAAAUCAAGCCAUUGCUGCUGCUUCAGUCCCCGAAUGGUAAUUUUCUAAUAAAUUUUAAACUCUUUUCAUCCUACCAGAGAAUUCAAAGAACGAUGGCAUAUGUUAUUCGUGCCACACAAAAAUUCCGCUUUGUUGUGCCCAUUGAAAAGACGUCCAAUUGUUUUCUUACAAUUGCCGAACUCAAGAACGCCGAAAACAGUCUCUGUAAAAUCGUCCAGAAGGAGCAAUAUGAAGAAGAAAUUAAAUUGCUGUCGUCAUCGAAGCCGUUGACCAAGAAAAGUUCCAUCUACACACUAAAUCCGUAUCUAGAUGAAAGGGGUAUAUUAAGAAUUCAAGGUCGACUCGAUGAGGCCCUCUACCUGCCAUUCCAAGCCAGACGUCCAAUUUUACUGCCACCAAAGCAUCCAUUGUCAAUGCUCAUCAUGAAAUUUUAUCAUGAGAAGUUACAUCAUCAAAAUUCAGCUGUUGUCCUGAAUGAAGUCCGACAAAAAUUCUGGAUCCCCCACCCCAAGAUGCUUCUGAAAUUGGUAAGACGAAAAUGCCAACAGUGUAAAAUCGAUAGAGCCGAACCUCAAACGCCAAUUAUGGGUCAACUGCCGAUCGACCGUGUAACUCCUUUCGUCCGCCCAUUUGCUUACACUGGCGUUGAUCUUUUUGGCCCUCUAAACGUUACGAUUGGUCGCCGGAGAGAAAAGAGAUGGGGAGUCAUCUUUACUUGCCUCACUGUACGUGCUGCGCACCUCGAGCUAGCCGAAAAUUUAUCCACAGACGCUUUCAUCAUAUGUCUUCGAAAUUUUAUUAAUCGGAGAGGAACACCAGUCAGAAUCAGGAGUGAUAAUGGGACUAACUUUAUCGGGGCUCAAAAAGAGUUGAAGAAAGAACAACAUUUAUUCGAUCUGGAUCGAAUUGAAAGUGAAGCCACCAGUAGAGGGAUAGAAUGGAUUUUUAAUUGCCCAUUGAACCCAAGUUCCGGAGGCUGCUGGGAGAGAUUAAUUCGUAUCGUCAAACGCCUAAUGAUGAAGAUUCUUUCUAACGAAGCUCCAAGGGUCGAAACACUCAGAAGUGUCCUGAUCGAAGCUGAAAAUGUGAUUAAUUCACGCCCACUCACUGACAUAUCACUUUCCACAGAAGAUGAGGAACCGUUGACUCCAAACCAUUUCCUUCUGGGGUGUGUCAAUUCUACCCAGACACCAUAUCCGCCUGAUGAAAAGGUUUGCCUUAAGAAACAGUGGAAAAUUGCUCUUAACCUAAAAGACCGCUUGUGGAGAAGAUGGAUUGUCGAGUAUCUGCCUCAACUCUUGAAAAGACCAAAAUGGAACGAAAGGGUACGCCCGCUACAGAUCAACGACUUCGUGUUGGUAUGCGAUCCAAAUCAGCCGCGCAGCCUGUGGAGUAAAGGUCGUGUCACAAAUGUGUUCCCAGCCAAGGACGGACAAGUACGAUUUGCGGAAGUUCGGACUGCCAAUACAUGCAUUCGUCGACCAGCCUCAAGACUAGCUGUCAUAAGCUUGGAUGGUGAAUCCCAGAGCGAUUCACGGGGGGAGGAAUGUUAG